GAAGGUUCCCCUACUGAAAGGCAGCAACACAAUGCAGUACUGGUGUAUCUUUGCAGUUGUUGCCUGCUUCCUGUGCUUAUCCAGCAAUGCCUUCCGAAGGAUUUCACUCAAGAAAAUGCCCUCAGUACGACAGACCAUGCAGGAGAUGGGUGUAAAAGCAUCAGAUGUCUUCUUGUCACUGAAGCAUAAUGAACACUCUUUUGGCGUGGGGCCCCAUAACAAAACAGCACCCACCAUCCUCACCAACUACCAGGAUGUGCAGUAUUAUGGUGAAAUCCUCAUUGGCACGCCACCCCAAACCUUCAAAGUAGUCUUUGACACUGGUUCGGCUAACCUUUGGGUGCCAUCCUACAAAUGCUCCCCAUUAUUCAGUGCUUGUGUUUCACACAACCGCUAUGACUCCUCAAAAUCAAGCACAUACCUUGAAAAUGGAACCAAAAUUGCUAUCCAAUAUGGACAAGGAAACAUGAGGGGUUUCCUUAGCCAGGAUAUUGUCACAGUUGCUGAUAUUCCUGUCUUCCAAGAGUUUGCAGAAGCCACAGCACUAACCAAUGACCCUUUCAUCUAUGCGAAAUUUGAUGGGGUACUUGGUAUGGGAUAUCCCAGCCAGGCCAUAGAUGGUGUUAUUCCAGUGUUUGACCGGAUUAUCUCUCAGAGGGUCCUGAAGGAGGAAGUGUUCUCUGUCUAUUACAGCAGAAAUUCUCAGUCAAACACAGGGGGAGAAAUCAUCCUAGGAGGCAGUGAUCCCUCUUACUAUACAGGAGACUUCCACUAUCACAGUGUUAGCCAGAAAGGCUACUGGCACAUUGAUCUCCAAGGGGUAUCUAUAGGAGAUGAAAUAUUGUUCUGUCAAGAUGGUUGCACAGCAGCUGUAGACACUGGGACUUCCUUUAUUACUGGUCCAACUAGUUCUGUGUCAGUCCUGAUGAAAGCCAUUGGAGCAACCUUGAUUUCAGAAAAAGAUUAUGUGGUUGAAUGUAGCAAAGUCCAGCUUCUGCCUGAUAUUUCCUUUAUCUUUGAAGGCAGACCCUAUAUGCUCAGCGGCUCUGCCUAUGUCCUCCAGCAUUCCAGUUAUGGGAGUGGUCUCUGUGUUGUGGCUUUCUCAGCUUUUGAUAUCCCUCCUCCACUGGGCCCCCUGUGGGUUUUGGGUGCCAGUUUCAUUGGAGAGUACUACACUGAGUUUGACCGGAAGCAUCAUCGGAUUGGCUUUGCAAAAUCCCUCUGACGCCAGGAGAAUCCUGAUUUAUUUUCCUGAACCUGAUGUAUUUAGAGACUACUUAAAACUAUGAAACAUAAUAGCUUAAUAAUAUAUUGCUGCAAUAUGAAGAGAAAAUGUCAAUAUGUAUGCAAAACCCUUUUCAUUAAUCUGCUGUAUAAGGAGUGAUAACAUUUGUCACAGAACCUUCAGAUUUCAUUGCCCUCUUUCCUUGUUGUCCACUGAAGUCAGAGAGUUGAAAGGCUGAAAGACACCCUGCCUUGCAAAUUCUGCCCUGCAAAAAAGAAUAUCUACUGAAUACAUUCUAGCAAAGAGUGCAAAUUGCCCUAAAGUGGCCAUGUUCUAUGAAGUUGAUAAUUUCUGUGGUUAUUGAAAUCUAUACAAUAAAAAUUGAAAUUAA